AUGGACGUCCAACCCGAUGGAAACCAGCCCCCAGGUGACGUUCUCCGUCAAUGUAUGUAUGGCAAAGACUCAGGCCUUGGAAAACAUAUCCCCUCUCUUCAGAAGAUGGCUGAAGAUAUGGGUCCGACCAUCGAUACUUUCCGGAUGAUCUUGGACAAGCCAUACCUUAAGAACUACAACGCCAUGAUCAAUAGCACUCCUGUUGUCGGCCUCAAAGGCGAUAAUGUCAUGUACACUGAGGUUAAAACCGGCGGUGUACGGGGCGUUGAGAUGGUAUGGUCCAUCUUUGGACGCAUCCCAGACGGCGUGGUUAUCGACGCUACCACGGCCAUCCACUUUUUCCCCUACAAAGGGGACUUCUGCAUGUCUGUCGGUACUGCCAUAUAUCGCAAGAGGCAUCGCGAUGACAGAGAUCAAAAGGUCAAUCUGGCGAUUGACGACUGGCCGAGACUGUAUCAAGACGAUUGGGAAAAGGUUGGUGACAAAUGUCUCCCAACAGCCAAGGCUCUCAGUGUUCUGCCUUUUGUGCGCCUCACUGGCAAAGGUACCCAAUUCAAUCUAGUCGUCUUGGACGAUGCCGGUCGCUUAUUAUCGUUGGACGGGGAUCUGCGUUAUGGUAGUAACUUUUACAAAGAGCUCAAGAACAACACAGAAAACAACACAGCUGCAAGGAACCUAAAGAUCAACCGAGCUACCUACUGGAAUGGAAAUAUUGUGGUAUUGGACGACAAAAGCAAUACCUGGAAUCUGAAUGCCGAUUUUGACGCCCACACGUUUACCGUUGGAGAUCAGAUGCCUGUUGACCCCCUGCUUGAGUUCACAGCGACAGACAUCAGUCCCGUCGGUGUCAAAGCUGACGGCUGGGUUUACCGCCGUCGUCUGGGAACUGUCAAUGACUCUAGUGAUGAACCAGAUAAGAAGAUGGGCUGGGAAAAAUUAAUCCAACAAAACAGUGUUGCUCACCUCGGCGUUGCCUCUCCCGGCGUCAUGCUAAGCCUGGAAGCGCUGACUCGCUCGCUGAGAGAUCGCUACCUGAGCGCCCAAAGCUCCAUCUACCCUGUUCUCAACAAGAUGGAUGCCUUUGCUAUGAAUCAAGAGUUUUUAUUGCAGACCCAGCUCGAGGCUGUUACCGAGUAUCAGAACAAUAAGGACAAUGCAUCAAAGCAAAACACUGCCAUCAAAGAAGCCAAGAAACUGGUGAAACACACCAAAGUCUGGUCAUCUAUUAUGCGAAGCCAACUUGAACAUGGGAAGAAAACUGUGAGUCUGAUGGGAGAAGAACUACCUUCCGUCCAAUCUCAGAUAGACCAACAGUUGAUUGUCCUGAAGGACAAGCUUGUCUCUCUCGAAGCACAGAUCAAAGCGAAGUCAACGAUAGACACAUCAUCCUGGGUCUCUAUCAGCUCCAUGCUCUUGGGUAUCGGCCUAGCUAUCCUUGGCGCCGCCACAGACGUUGGAGCUAUGAGUUUAGACAGUGUUGGAGGUGCUCUAUUUGUUGGAGGCCUUGUGGCUACCUGCGAUGCUGGUACUCAGUUAUCAAAGCCUGCCGGUCUUAUUACUGAUUUGGAACGCCAAUUGCAAGGUGUUAGCGAAGCAAUCUCCCAAGUAAAGGACGUUGUCAACAAGUCCGGAGAUCUUGAGAACAUGUACGGAAGUCUCAAUGGAUUUUGGAGUCGCAUUUCCAACGCUGUCGAGAGCCUCAAAGACAUGAAUCAAGCCACGGCCCUGCAAAUCGGUGAAGGCCUUGUGGGGGACUCCAGAUCUAUUGAGGAGUCUUUCAGCGUUGCGCAAAAUAUGAAGAAUGUAUGCACACUCUAUCUAGCCGUCUUGAACAGAAACGGUAUCUCCCUUACUGAUGAAGACGAUGACGAAGAUGACAAAGAUGAAGAAUGA